CCAGGGGCCAGGGGCUCUUGCUUCGCCGCGGCCGAAGGUCUUGGGGAGACUGCAAGGGGCGCAAGCAGGCGCGAUCCGGGUGCGCCAUGGAGCCGCCCGAGGAGAAGAUCUCGGUGUGGAUUUGCCAAGAAGAGAAGAUCAUCUCUGGCCUCUCCCGCCGGACCACUUGCUCCGACGUGGUCCGGGUGCUCCUGGAGGACAGCCGCCAGCGGCGGCAGCAACAGCAACCUCGGCGGCGGCGGAGGCGACGGCGGGCAAGAGGAGAAGAGGGAGGCGGUGAAGGAGAAGGGGACCUGCGGGGAGGGGAACCGCGAGAGCCGGAGGAGGAUGACGAGGAAGCUCCGGCGCAGGGCAUGCUCUGGGGGCCCCCUCAGUGCUACUGCAUCGUGGAGAAGUGGCGGGGCUUUGAGCGGAUCCUGCCUAACAAGACGCGCAUCUUGCGCCUCUGGGCCGCCUGGGGAGAUGAGCAGGAGAACGUGCGCUUCGUCCUGGUGCGCAGCGAGGCAUCUCUGCCCAACGCGGGGCCCCGCAGCGCCGAGGCGCGGGUGGUGCUCAGCAAGGAAAGUCCCUGCUCCGGCCGGGGAGGCCCAGCCCGGCCCAGCCCGGCCCUGACCCAGGAGAAACAGCGGCGCGUGGUGCGCAAGGCUUUCCGCAAACUGGCCAAGAUCAAUCGGCGGCGCCAACAGCAGCCACCGUCCCCUUGCUCGUCCACCUCUACGUCGUCCUCCACGGCUUCGUCGUCUUCCUCGCCCCCGAGCCAGGACAGCGCUUCUGGAGAGCGGAUGGAGACCUUGGUGCACUUGGUGCUGUCCCAGGACCACACUAUCCGCCAGCAGGUGCAACGGAUCCGAGAGCUGGAUCGGGAAAUCGACCGCUACGAGGCCAAGGUGCACUUGGACCGCAUGAGGCGGCACGGCGUGAACUACGUGCAGGACACUUACCUGGUGGGGCCUGCGGCUGAGCUGGACGGUACCGGCACUCCGCAGAAGGGUCCUGACGAGGAACCUCCUUCUAGCAACGAAGAGGACCCGGAGGCUGCGGCACUGGCGGAGUACGCCCGUCGGUGCGAGCAGAUGCUGCAGCUCCAGGAGCAGCGAGCUCAGCAGGAGGAGCUGCUGGAGCGCGUGGCGGCCGAGAUCCAGGAGGAGCUGAACCAGAGGUGGAUGCGGCGGCGCCAGGAGGAGCUCUCGGGGCAGCCAGGCCCGGACGCCGAAGGCGGCCCGGAGGGCGAGCUCCUGCUGGAGCAGGAGAGGCUGAAGACGCAGCUCAGCACCAGCCUCUACAUCGGCCUGCGGCUCAGCACGGACCUAGAGGCGAUCAAGAGUGACCUGGACUACAGCCAACAGCAAUGGGAGCUCAAGGAGAGAGAGCUGCAGAGCCUAUUGGAGACUUUGGAAUCUUUAGACUUCGUGCCGAGCUCCGACGGGGCCGGGGAGCCUGGUUCCGGGGCUCCGGGCCCAGUAGAGGGCGAGGCUCGGGCGGGUGAGGAGGCAGUUGCUGCUGGCCCGGGCACGGGCGGGGGCCCGGGCCCCGAGGUGUGGGUGGACCAGGCCCGGGGACUGGCCAAAGGCUGCCAGGGCAACGAUGAAGACUCGGAUACGGGGCUGAGCUCCAUGCACAGUCAGGACUCAGAUUCUGUCCCAGUCUGUGAGUCUCUCGUGUAGGAGCAAAGAUGUGAGGGAAGGUAGAAAGACAGUGGUUUGGUCACCAAAAGCACGAGCCAGCUCAGGGAUCCCACGGGCAGAGUGGGGGUACCUCAUUCUGCUGCAGCCCCUUCCGUCAGGCCCAGUGUGGUGUGCGCUAAGGGGGCAUACUGACAGUUCGGGCUAGGAAGGGCCCCAUAAAGGACACCUCUUUUCCAAAAGGUUAGUUUUGUACCCCAACUUCAGCUGCAGAAGAAGGGAGUGGGAGAUAGGAAGGACAUCCCUCCGACUGAGGAACCUUAGUCCCAAGGGAAAUGGUCCAGGCCCCAUUUUCAAAGGAGUAUUAUAUGGAUUUCACUUGUUUUCAUUAGAGUGAAGUCUUUCAAUGGCAUUUCUGGGAACCGUGACAGUUGGAACACCAGUUUGGGGCAUUAGGUACUUAUCUUUGGUUGGUAAAGAAAUUCUUUGAAUUUUAAUUGUAGCUCUAACUUGUUAAAACUAGCCAAAGGGGAGGCAUUUGUGUUGGUCUCAGCCUUACAUCCUGGAGAAAACACACAGCCUUGGCUAUUAAGUUUUCAGCAGAUGCUAGAACUUAUCCAUGUCCUACAUUUUUGGCCCUUUUAUUUCACUUCUGAGGCUGAAUGGAAACCUCAGUUCUUUUUCUCCAGAGUUCAUCCAGUGCAUUCCAGCAGAAUCUGAGAUAUAAAAUCCUGGAAAGCUGACUCUGGUUAAACUUUAAUUUGGAAGCAUUGAGAUUUGCUCUAGCAAAGUCAAGUAUUCUGUCCUUUUGCAAUUCAUUGUGCUACUUCCAUUCAACUACAUUCCACAAGUCCUUGUUAAGCACCUACUGUGCGCCAGGCACUGUACUAGGCUCUUGGGGGUCUGGAAAAAAAAAAAAAAAAAGAACCAUAACAGUUCCCUUCCCCAAGGUCAGGAAUUUAGCUGCUGCUAUUUCAGGAAAAAUAAUAGUGAAGAUGGGAAAAACUAAGGGAAGCUGUGUAUUAAGGAAUGAGCCAUCUGAUUUACAGUUCAAACUCAGACUUUGAAAGUCUUCUGACAUUUAUGAGUACAUACCUGUAUUUCUUUUGAAUUGAGCAGUGCUUGAAAGCCAACCUGAACUCAACACCUCACCCUAAACCCCAGAGAAUGUAUCUUUUACCUGCCAGAGGCUUAACUGAGACACUGUAAAUAACAGUAUUUGCUAGCUAAGGUUUCAGAAAUUGUUGAAUAUAACCACUUCUCUCAAUAUUCCUCUAACAGGCCAUUUGAUUAACAGCCAUAGUCAGCCGAGGAUAAAGGUAUUUUUGUUUUAAAGUUAACUGAAGUGACUGAAUUCUGGACAGCUUAUGCACACACGCCUAGAGAUAAAAGUGUAACAGCUUUUCAAAACCGGUUUCCAAAGCUCCAGUGGACUCAGUGUAACCUUUUUAGUUAUUUCAAUAAAAAAAACACACACACAACUUAUCAACUAUAGGA